CGAUCAGUUUUGCUGUCAGUGCAUUGUCAGUGAAUUUGUAAUACUUUCGUUAGCCUGCCACGCUCACGCUCUAUAUAUAUUCAUCUUGUUGUGCGGACAAGUCGAGCUUCAUCAAGCACAUUGACACCAAUCUUUCUUCAUAAACCUUCCCCUUUCAACAUCGGUUUGAAAGUCUUCCUAGGACUACCUGUCAUAGCACUUUCCAUCGUAACACUUUCAUCCUAGCACCACCUAUCCUACCCAUUCUGGUAUUACCCAUCGUAACACUACCUAUCCUAUCUAUCUUAGCACUGCCUAUCCUAGCACUGCCUAUCCUGCCUAUCCCGGUAUCACCUAUCCCACUCACCCUAGCACUGUCUGUCCGACUCCAGCAUCCUAGCAACAACUACUCCUCGACACUCUGAAGUACGAUGGCCCCUCUCACAAUUGCCGAAUCUUUCGACCACAAGCUGCCCGAUCUAGCUCUUGGACCUCAUGAUAAUCCCAGAUGUGGCGACAGUGGCAACACUACGAAGAAUACCAUACCCCCUAAGAUAUGGGUUACUGUACCAGCAGACAGUUGGUCCGAUGCUACCAACGAGCCUUUAGGUCGCCACCGCUCAGCUCUGAUUACUUCUCAGGUGGCCGCGACAGAGGUUCCAUUCGAAAUGCCCGUCGAAGCGGAUGUGUCACGUGCGACUGUUCUGUACCUCACUCAUCCCAUCAACAAAGCCUUGGAAAACAUCUUUGGUGGCAAAGUUCGCUUCGCCGCGGAAUUGAGCAAUACAGUAGGGAGUGCAACACUUCGAAUGGACUUGACCUGGUUUUACUACCCCAUACCUGGUGUAAAGAAGGUCAUUGCAAUUCUGGAGCUUAAAAAACGAGGCAUGUUGGUGUACGAGCACUGGUCCGAUGCAUAUGCUACUUCAAAGACCAUGGACAAGAAACUUAACGAGGAUAAAGAUACCUUCUUCGUCGAUAAUGCCGAAAAGAUGAUGAAACAGAUAUCUGCAUAUGUGCUAAGACAUAAAACGAAAUAUGCGGCACUAUUCGACUGGGAAACCCUGUUUCUCGGCUACUUUGCGGAAGCUGACUUCAAUCGUGAAAACAUAGGCGAUUGGGUUGCUGGGACAUAUAUUGGGGGAGAUUCUUCGGCACGGCCCUUCAGGAAAGUCGUCCUUGGAUGGCUUUUGUGCGCUUGCGCGGCCGCUGGACUCGGUGGAUCCGACAACACUUUGUCAAACGCACGCAACAGUCCGCAAGUGAUCAUCUCAGGGACAUCAAAGAGGUAAUGGAAAAUAAUCUCGAAACAUGUCCAGAUGAGGCCGAACUUCUGCUCCUAUCAACCAAGAAGAAGUGGUGGCAAUGAUAUCAGAGGUAGUGUGAACCUGGAAAGAGAGACAUAUUGGCAAUUUGUAGCGCAUUACAAUAGCAACCAUGGAAUUCAUCAGAAGUAUCUGGCUAGUAUGUGUCGUUGUUUAAAUUCGUGCCAGAUGAUUAGGCAAUAAUGUCACCAUGUUAUGCCUUU